GCACUCUUGUCAGUUCUGAAAUUAGGGACCCUGACUUUUUUCUGUUAUGCAAUCGGCCGUCGACUAAAGUAGAUAUCCACCUCGUUUUUGUUGCAAAAAUACUUACGUAAAAAUGGCAGCGAACAAGAUCAGUGUCAUUGCUAGAUCUUUUUCUUCUGCUUCUGCAGGGACACAAAUGGUCAAGCCUCCUAUUCAAGUUUUUGGUUUAGAAGGUCGCUAUGCCUCUGCACUUUACUCCGCUGCCAGUAAACAGAAAACCCUUGAUGUCGUCGAAAAGGAUUUAAUCAAAAUGCAGGGUUUGUUUAAGACGGACUUGAAGCUCGCAGAGUUCGUAAAAGAUCCAUCGAUCAAACGCCAAUUUAAGGUGGAUGCUUUCACUCAAAUUGGUGCCUCUGCCAAACUAAAUCCAGCCACGUCAAAUCUUUUGUGUCUGCUCGCUGAGAAUGGACGUCUCGGUAAAGUGAAUCAAGUAAUUAAUGCCUUCAAAAUAAUAAUGGCAGCAAAUCGAGGCGAAGUCGUCUGCGAAGUAGUCACCGCAAAACCUUUGGAUGCAGACACAAAAACAAAACUUGAAAGCACUCUCAAGUCGUUCUUGUCGAAAGGCCAGACGAUUUUGCUCACCGCCAAAGUUGACCCUGCAAUUAUCGGUGGAAUGAUUGUUUCUAUCGACGACAAAUAUGUCGACAUGAGUGUAGCUACUAAAAUUAAGAAGUACACUGACAUCAUCACCACCGCUGUUUAGGUUGUACAAUCAAAUCUGGUGCUUAUUAGUGACUUCAAAUUAUGUUCAUCAUAAUGAAAUGCUCUUAGAUGUUGAAAAUAUCGUGGAUCGUCUCUGGAGACGACGGCCUUUGCGUCAAAAAAGAUCUUUCAAUGUCGAAUCUGUAACUAAAAUGAUGAGGCGGAAACUCUUGAAAAUAAAGUUCAUUCUUUCGAGAG